AUGGCGCUCAAGAGCAGUGUGAGUUUGUUCCGUUUGAACAGAAUAAAACAAGCAAUCAGAUUGGUGUCCACAAAAUCAAAUCCUGAACUAAGUCACAAUGCGGAGUUCCCCGGAGCGAAGGCACCUUAUGUGUCAGAAAUAAAAUUUUUAAACGAAUUUAGUUACGAUCCUAUUCCAAUAUACCGAGUGAUAGAUAACAAUGGCGAAGUUAUCGACCCUCGCGAAGAACCAAAAAUUGAUAACGAAACUCUCGUUAAUAUGUACAAGACUAUGACGCAAUUAAAUCAAAUGGACAAAAUUUUGUAUGAAUCCCAGAGACAAGGCCGUAUUUCUUUCUAUAUGACAAAUUAUGGGGAAGAAGGAAUACAUGUCGGAAGUGCAGCAGCUCUAUCCCUAACGGACCUAGUAUUCGCGCAGUAUAGAGAAGUAGGAGUUUUCUUGUUUCGUGGCAUGACUAUAACGGAAUUAGUGAAUCAAUGUUAUGGCAACCAUGAGGACCCUGGCAAGGGGAGGCAGAUGCCUGUGCAUUAUGGCAGCAAGCAGAGAAAUAUUGUCACUCUGUCGAGUCCGUUAGCAACCCAAAUGCCUCAAGCAGUAGGGGCAGCGUACGCCUUCAAACGCACCCCCGACAACGACCGCUGUGUAGUGUGCUACUUUGGAGACGGGGCGGCGUCCGAGGGAGAUGCGCACGCGGCGUUUAAUUUUGCUGGCACCCUCGAGUGCCCUGUUAUUAUGAUUUGUAGAAACAAUGGCUAUGCAAUCGCAACGCCGACCAGGGAGCAGUACCGCGGUGAUGGAAUCGCCAGCCGGGGACCAGCCUUCGGCUUGAACACUGUAAGAGUGGACGGCACCGACCCACUGGCAGUGUACAAUGUCGUGCAGCGAGCUAGAACCUUAGCUGUUAAAAAUAAGCCUGUAUUGAUAGAAGCCAUGUCUUACAGAGUUGGUCACCACUCCACAUCGGAUGACAGCAGCGCCUAUCGGCCUGUGGAAGAAAUAAAACAGUGGAUGCAAGAACAUAAUCCAAUUCACAAAUUCAGACUAUAUCUUGAAAGAAAAGGUCUGUGGGAUAACGAGGCAGAGAACACGUAUACAAAAGAUAUUCGCAACUUUGUUGUAAGAACAAUGCAAGAUGCGGAAAAGAAAAAGAAACCUCAUUGGAAAGAAAUGCUCGAGGACGUGUACUACGAUAUGCCUCCCAACCUACAGAAACAAACGCAGCAAAUGGAAAAGCAUCUAAAGAAAUACAAGGAACAUUAUCCAAUGGAUCAAUAUCUGAGUGAU